AUGACCCCUACUUCUUUGAAGCCGCAUCUGGACCGUUUCCUUACCACCUGUCAUGCAGAACCUGAAUGUAGCUCCGAGUCGACAGCGCGACGCUCCAAACACUACUGCCCUAAACUCCAGCAUAGAAGCUUCGAUGAGGAAUACUUAAGCGCCUUCGUUAUACUGAUCUUCCUGUCAAGAACAGACAGCGAUCACGUCGGGGAUGGAAAGGGCGACGCGUAUUCAGGCGCCUUGCGACAUAUUGAAUGUUUACGCUUAGUUGCACGUUUCCGAUUCUGGCACCACAGGCAGGCAGGCAGGUAG